AAAGAAAUUGCGCCGACAUGAACAACUACACUGCCGCAGUCCCAGCCCUGAAUGCGCUUGCCGAUCCACACGCGAAUGCCAUUGCACCCGUCUGCUCACCAGCUGUCGCUGUAGGAAACCCCCGCAAUAUCAACGACGUGCAAGCAGCUACUGAUGACGUUGAGUCCCGCAAGCGUCUCCGCAAAGUUGAUGGCAAUCGAGUGACUGAUGCCGAAAUGGGGACCGCGAGAGAUCGGCGUCAUAUCGUGCUUGGACAAAACGCAGUGAGAAUGUACCCUGGUGCAGGAGCUCCUGCAUGGUUUGCUCCGGCAAUGCAAGUAGCACUUCAACCAAUUAUCCAUGCGGUGCAAGCUCUUCGCCACACUGAGUCGCGCGGGAUUGCGCGCAUGAUCAAUUCAAACGUGUGUCAAGAUAAUGACAUGAUUGAAGCGCUGGUCGACAAUCACGGGACGAUUCCUGCCAUACUCGCACCUGGUAUGACGUUGGGGAUGCUCAAAGCCUUGCCCCCUGCUACCGUCGACGCUUUGCUGGCUGCGUAUGGUCAAGUGGCCGUGGGUAACAAGGCCGCGCGUCGCAGUCAACUUUGUGUCUGGUUGGGCUUGAAGCAGGGAUUCUUCUAAUGUGGUUUACUGGCCCAAUA